UCCUCAGCUCUCACUUCCUGUGUGAGGGGUACGUCUGCAAUGUGUGGGUUCUGGCAGUUUUAUUUUAGAAGUUCACACCUUCAAUAGUUGUCGAAGGUGUGAACAUUUAUUCUCUUAUUUCCUAAAUAUAUAAAUUAGAGUGCUCUCUGUGGUGCAACUAGGAGAGAAAUAACGUAGAAGACAAGAAGACCAGAUUGCAGAUGUUGCUCAGUACAGGUGGGAUGAUCUCUAGAUUUGUCAGCAUCAGUGGGAUCCAGAUGUGCUGCAUCUUCUGGAUAUUUUGGACAGCAGAAGCAAACCUUAUCUCACAGAUGGCAGGCAGCACAGUGAAGCUGACAUGUAGCAACAAAUCAAUAAACCAGGUCAAUCAGCUGAUGUGGCAAAAGAAUGGACAACACCUGUUUGUCUUCAAGCCAAAUGGAAAUGACAACCAAUUUCACAAUGAAAAAUCUACCAACCAAACCUUCAAAAUGUCUACAUCAGCAAACGAAAUGUAUGCACUCAUCAUUGAAAGGGCCCAGAAGUCCCACACUGGAAACUACACUUGUGAUACGAUCACAAAGUCAGGACCCUUUCAAAAGAACUGGGAACUUUUAAUUACAGAGGAAGCAGAAAACGUUGAUAAAGUGCUGGUCGCUGUGGCAGCUGCUGUUCCGUGUGGCUGUUUCCUGAUUGUUUUAUCUGUUUUCAUCAUUCUGAGACGAGUCCGGAAACUGCAAGCAGAAAACAACGCUGCAGCAAAGCAGCAGCAGCAAAGAGAGGAGAUUUAUGAAAACAGCCUGGAAAUCCGGCGACAAGAACAGGCUAGCCGUCUAAAACACAGCACUCACUGAUAUAGAGGUUUAAAGUGCUUUCUCGAUCAAUAAACGGCAUUUUAACAAACCACACAAUGGUUUCUCAAUCAGUUUUUAGUCUUUGAAAUGUCAUUCAGUGUGAUGAUCACUGUUACUGUGAAUCAUCCAAGCCGUUCAUCCCAGGGUGAUCUCCACAUGGAAGUAAGAAAAUACAGAAAAAAACAAAACAAAACAAAAAAAUAACCAUAAAUCCAAUACAAAGGAUGAAAAAAUUGCUUUAACAGGAGGAAACUCUCCUCACACCAGCACCAGUUUCUGUCACACUCUAGCCACAUUCCAAGUAAUCACUCUCCUAAUUGAACCUGUUCCAGCUUGUCUGUCAAAGGACUCCUGAUUACCUACAUCUGUUUCCACUCACCCUUCAAUAUAUACCCCAGCACCAGGUUCACUCCCUGAUGGACUUUAACAUUUAUGCCUGCAAGGACUGGUCCUCUCUCCCUCCCUGGCUGCAUUGAUCCUGGAGUAUCUGUCUCCUCUCAUCUACAGUAAGACAAUUCCCCCUGGGUUUUGUGAUUUAAUAAAAGGUUGUCUGCU